AUGACACGCAACUGGCAAGAUAUCGCAAAGGCCAAGCAGGCAGCACUGUUUAAAUCUAUUCCAAAGGAAUGGCUUAUACCAGCGGAUCUCAUGCCUUCGGAAUCUCAAUUGGACGUGACAGGCUUCCCAAAAGAGAGUGGCUUCUUCACCGGCAAUGAGUUGAAGUACACUUCUGCUACUAUACCAGAACUUCUGCAAAAGAUUCACAGCGGUCAAUGGAAAGCAGCAGAUGUUGCUCAAGCAUUCUCGAAACGAGCUGCUGUAUGUCAUCAGUUGACCAACUGCUUGAGCGAAACUCUUUUUCCUGAAGCAUUGAAGAGAGCAAACUUUCUCGAUGAGCAUCUGGCAAAGACUGGAAAGCCUGUUGGCCCACUUCAUGGCCUUCCUAUAUCGCUCAAGGACAACUUCAACAUCAUCGGCAAGGACUCGACCAUUGGAUUUGUGGCUUGGGUGGAUCAGCCUGCGACAUACAACACGGUUUUGGUGGAUCUGCUGACCAAAGCUGGGGCGGUGCUCUAUGUCAAGACGAACGUUCCUACUGCAAUGAUGAUCGCGGAGUCUGUAAACAACACUUUUGGUCGCACUGUCAACCCUCUGAACAGAAGGCUGACCUCUGGUGGGUCUUCAGGAGGUGAGAGUGCUUUGAUCAGUUUCGGUGGCAGUGUGCUCGGUGUUGGCACGGAUAUCGGUGGCUCUUUACGUAUACCUGCAGCUUGCACUGGCAUCUUCACCUUGAGACCUUCCUUCGGUCGCUUCCCAACGGCCCUCGCGAAAAGUGGACUAGCAGGGCAAGAAGCUGUCAAUUCCGUCAAUGGACCCAUGGCUCGUAGUCUCGACGACAUCGAGUUCUUCGCAAAGAAUGUUGUGGGUGCGGAACCUUGGAUGCUUGACCCCAAAUGCCUGCCAAUACCCUGGCGUCCUGUUGAUGUGGGCAAGAAGUUGCGAUUGGGCGUCAUCUGGAACGAUGGCAUGGUCGUCCCUACUCCGCCAGUGCGUCGGGCGCUGAAACAUGCGGUUGAGAAACUGCAGCAAGCCGGCCAUGAGAUUGUUGAUUGGGAACCGGAAUUGCAUCAAGAAGCGGUGGAUCUACUCGGGGAGUUCUUCCUUGCAGACGGAGCCAAGUCGGUCAGAGAUAUCCUGGCUCCAGUAGACGAGCCGUUCAGAGAAGAGAUGCAAGCCUACUCUGAGGCACAAGAGAUAGGAGUGCAUGCUAUGUGGCAGCUUCAAGCACAAAGAUCGAAACUGUGCAAAGACUACCUUGACCGAUGGACCAAAGCAGGUCUCGACGGAAUCUUGUGCCCAACGACACCUUUCGCAUCUGUAGAACACGGCAAGUUCAAACACGUUGGCUACACGGGCGUGUUCAACAUCCUAGACUACUCGGCCGUGUCUUUCCCGAGUGGAGUUGCGGCGGACAGGCAACUGGACAAGGCGGAGUCGGGCACGAAGCCGCUGUCGCAGGACGAUGCACAGAUCCAGGCAGAAUAUAAUGCAGAAGCAGUUCAUGGAAUGCCGGUGAGUCUGCAGCUCGUCGCCAAUAGGCUGGAGGAAGAAAAGGUCGUAGCCAUGACGAGGGUGGUGCUGGAAGGGCUUGGAGCGGCGGUAUGA